AUGUUCAAAGAAUGGCUAAAUUUUAUCGACAGAUACAAAGCGGCAUCGGAAGCAGGUUAUUUUAUAUAUUUACUAGUUAUAGACACAACCUGGGUGACGUGAUUUGUGGAUAAAAGAAAAUAUUUAACUAGAAAAGUAGAAAUUAAAGAUGUUAAUUAUCCUUGGAAAUUACUAAAAUUUCAACACUACAGUUGCUGAAAGAACUUGCCAGGUUAUGCAUGAUUAUGCAAUCUGCAAAAGUAUAGUGAGGCUCAGGCAGCUAGAAAAAAAAAUUGACAUAGAAUUAUAAUACGAAGUGACUACAUGACCGGCAGCCGGCUAUCUAGUAAACUGCCGGCUUAGUAUAUAGUGACUAUAGUUUUAGUUGAAUUUUUACAAGAUAAACCGAUCCCUAACCCCAAACCUUUCUCUAACCCUAACCUAACCUUUCAAGAGUUAAAAAAGCCGGAAAAAAAAGUUUAAAAAAUUUUAAGAAAAAACAAUGCUAAUUAAGUCAGACAAAACACAUCCCGACCCCCGACUGCGUUUCACUUUCCACAUGCAGCGCCCUUGCAGUAUGAGCUAACGGCAAGCUCGGUAAAAGUUACCGCAAACAAAAGUUUUUAUAUUUAACUGUAGUCGCUGUACUGCCGGCCAUAUAAACCGUGACCGGCUGCCGGUCAUAUAGUCACUUUGAUUAUAAUAGAGCCCCUCCUCCCCAUAGCCAUUAAUUUGAUGCUUGCAUGGGAACAAGUAUAAAACACCAUAAUCGAACCGACCUGGCCAUGUAGCUCAGUUGGAAGAGCAGUGGACUAGUAUUCCAAAGGUCGUAGGUUUGAUUCCCACCGUGGCCAAGCAUAUUUUUCAAGCUUGACCGGUGUGGAUAUAAGUAUCCAUCACAAACAUCAUAUAACAUCACAAACACCAUAAUAUAUACUAUCUAAUGGUUGGGGGAGGGGGGGGGGCAAUUGUGCAUUUAUGUAGCAUGUAUCUAAUCUUAUCAUAGGAGGCCCAAUAAUUAGUGGUGAUAGGCACAAAAAUGACUAAAAUAGUUUAAAAUUCAAUAACUCAAAGGUGUUUACGUGCAAUGCUCAAUCUUGUGUUGUGAAUUCAAACUUGCAGUGCAGACUUGCCGACCUUAGCGACUGAUAUAUAUAUAUAGGGAGAAUCUUAUACUUAAAGGUGAUGUAAUUAGUCUGUGAUGCGCAUACAUUCUGCACAUACGUUCUGCGCAGGUCUACAUAUUCCAAUGGUCGAGACCUGCCCAUUGGAAUGUUGUCAAUAUUUCGCACCUUCCGAACUUUCUUGAAUUGAAUCUCAAGUCUGUAUUCAUAAUACAAGCAUAGCGAACGAGAAGAGUGUUAAAAAUUCAGUAUAAUAUAUCUAAUCAUAUUUUACAACUGUAGCACUUCAAAAUAUAAACAAAGCGUUUGUUUACAUCACAGACUUUACAUCACCUUUAAUUUAGUGGGAGAAUUGGCUGUUUAGAGGGAGAAAACCCAUCAAUUGAAAGCCUUUUCAUUAGAGCAAUCUUUCAAACUCAUAUAGCUUCACUCACAGCACAAGAAGCCCCUUGAUUAAUGUUAAAUUGGGCACUAUCUUGGACUGAAAAUACAACAUAAAGACGUGUUUUAACAAAUAAAUACUUUAAUUAUUUGCUGCGCAUUGAUGUUUUUUGAUAAAAUUUUUUAAGAUUGACAAGAAAUCAGGAUAAUUGCCAGUUGCCAAUACCGUGAGAAAUUUUUCACUACCGGGAGAUCACAGGUUUAUACUGGGCCUUAGACUCCCGGCUACGGCUAAUACAAGCAGCUAUGUUGGGAGAGUUGGCGGAGGUCUGGCAGUGGCGUAGUGACAUAUAAGUCUUAUUAUUAAGGACGGCAACUCUUUUGCCCAUAUACACAUACAUGCUCAUUUCACAAUUAACUGUUGACUGUUUGAUUUCACUCAUUCAAACACUCAGGCCUUACAAACUGUUGAAACUGCAUGACUACUUCUGUGGCUGAAUAUUUUAAAUAUUGGGUGGGCCAUCUAACCUAAGGUUAGCAGGCUCUUUAGCACUAAUCAUGCAGCUUUUAACCGGUCCCUGUUCAAUGCUUUAUGGUGCUUGAUAGCAUAAAUUUAUUUAUUUCAAUGCUUUAUCCCAUUCUCUGUGUUGUAAUCUGUUUUUCUGGCCAAUCUCAUUUAGCCAUGUUUAUACUUUUAAUACUUGCACGCUAGAUGUUUGCCAGCCAUUGUUCUGUUUACCACGUUGCAGGGUUUAUUUUAAGAAAACUAUAAAACUGCACAUAGAGGAAUGUUACAAAUCAUCAGGUGUUUGACUGAGGGGGUGUGGGGUCAAAGGAUUUUUUACCUGGAUUAGAUUUUAACACUAAGUUGUGAUAGACUCUUAAUGUAUACAUAUCACCUAUCUGGUUUGGCUGGGUUGGGUUGGACCAGAAAACAGCUUAUUAAGUAUAUAAAACGAUGCACUGCUCAAUGGCUGUGUUUCUGGCAUUUUCUGGCACAUUCACAAUGAAUUUCCGGAAACGAUUUCCAGAAAACAGCUUAUAAAGUAUAUAAAAUGAUGCACUGCUCUGAAAUGGCUGUGUUUCUGGCAUUUUCUGGCAUAUUCACAAUAAUUUCCAGAAAUGAUUUCCAGAAAACAGCUUAUAAAGUAUAUAAAAUGAUGCACUGCUCUGAAAUGGCUGUGUUUCUGGCAUUUUCUGGCAUAUUCACAAUAAUUUCCAGAAAUCUCACUCUACAGCCACAGCACUACUAGACUGUACAAACGAGUGGUAUGUAAAUUUAGAUAGAAAACUAUUUAACUUAAUAGUUUUUAUUGAUUUAAAAAAAGCAUUUGACACUGUUGAUCACAAUAUUCUACUAGAAAAGUUGGAGUUUUACGGAAUAAAAGGACAAGCUCUUUCUUUCCUAAAAUCCUAUCUCACAAAUCGUAGCCAGAAGUGCAAAAUAAAUGGAUUUGUUUCAUCAGAGCACUUAAUUACAUGUGGUGUACCACAAGGUUCUAUUUUAGGACCAUUAUUGUUUUUAUUAUACAUCAAUGACUUACCUGAGUGCCUUGAUAAUACAAGACCUCGCCUAUUUGCUGAUGAUAGAAAUCUCACAGCUUCUGGAGACUCAAUGACUGAUGUUGAGAUUGCAGUAAAUUCUGAUCUAGAAAAUCUUAGAAACUGGUUGAUGGCCAAUAAACUUAGCUUGAAUGUAGCUAAAACUGAAUUCAUGUUGAUUGGCUCAAAACGAAUGAUAAAAAAUUUUCACCCAAUUAUUAUUGAAAACAAACAAAUUAAACAAGUUUAUGAAUGCAAAACUCUUGGAAUAAUAGUUGACUAGCGUUUAUCUUGGAAAAGUAAUACUGAAAAUAUUUGCAAGACAAUAACAUCUGGAAUCUCUGCUCUCCGUCGUGUUAAAACUUUUGUUAAUAAAGAUACACUUAUCUCGAUAUAUAAUGCUAUUGUUCGUCCACAUUUCGAUUAUUGUUGUGAAGUGUGGGAUGUGUUUGGUGAAACACAGUCAAAACGACUUCAGAAACUUCAAAAUAGAGCUGCUCGAAUUAUCAUGAGUAUGAGCAACGAUAUAGAUCACACUAUUGCUUUACAGGCUUUGGGCUGGGACUUUUUGCAAAAGCAAAACUAAUGUACAAAAUUUUGAAUAAAAUGGGUCCUGAGUCACUCACAAACCUUUUCACCUAUAAAAGUGGGAUGACAAAUUACAAACUUCGGGACAGUUCAAGUGGUCUUUGUUUACCACAACCUCGAACAAAUAACAUGAAAACUAGUUUUAUGUAUAACGGUGCUCACUUAUGGAACUCUAUUCCAAAUGAAAUUAGGGAAAGCAAAUCCCCGUCAUGUUUUCAAAAUAAAAUUGCUACUUACAUUCUUUAACUAAAACAAGAUCCUAAGAAACUGAAAACCUAAAAAAAAACUUUAUAGAUUGUAAAUAGCUUUAAAUACUAUAUUUUUGUAAUUCCUUUUUACACGCCCCCUGUGGAAGUCAGCCUCGGUUGACAGGGUUAGCGUGGAUAAAUAAAGUUUUCUAUCUAAUGAAAACGAGCAAAUUAGAAAAUAUUAAUGUUUUGUCAUUAACUUGGUAUAACUGCACAUUUGUGUUUUAAUAAGAACUGCACAAAUGCCAAAUAGGCCAGGUUUACAAUUGCACAUUUUGGGUAGAACUGCACGUUUAUAAAAUAAACUCUGGGAUUGUGGUUUAGAAUGUUGUGGUGCCAUCCUUUCACAACUAACAUCUAUUUUAAAGUAAAAUUUAUCACUGCACAAAAUUGCGCUAAUCACUACUGCACAAAUCCCUUUUAUAUGACUGCAAAAUUGGUUAUCACUGCAUGCAUCUUGAAAAGACCCUGCCGUGCUGUAUGGGCUUGCGAGAGACCACGCAAUAAUUAGUUUCUCUUUUCAGGUUUUAAAGCUGUUGAAUCUGGAGAAGAAAUUUUCCAAUAUUCAGUGGAAGAAAUAAUAAAAGCCAAAUCUGAAGCUAAUGUAGAACAAGUUGUAAUUGUGGGGUAUGGAGGUAAAAUUCUUUACAACUUAAGCCGCAGACCCGUUAUGCAGAACUUGAAAUAACAGCCGAUCACCGAUCAAUGAUCGGCAAGAAAUUGCUUAUGAUCGGCGGAAAAGCAGUGUUUCCAACCUGAAAAAAGCAGGGAAAGUCAUGACUGCCGAUCACCAUGAUCUGGAACUUUGGAAACGUUAUUUCAAGCCUUGUUAUGUAAGGUGCUAUGUAUACAUGAUAGUCAUUUUAAUCCGCGCUUUGUAGCAGCAAGAAAACGAUUGUCCAUAUGUAAAUCUGCAAGAAAAACGAAUAUUUUUAUAACCAUUAUUAGAAUGUGUAACUGUCAAUGUUGGAAUGUAUCUAUACUAUAACUGUCAAUAUUAGAAUGUAUACACUGUACAGUGAAAAUAGUUAAAAUGUAUGAUCGAAAACGGUCAAUGUUAGAAUGUAUAUAGAUUAUAGAGGUUGUCAAGAUCAAUGUAAGAGAGAGUUAUACCAGUUGUUUGUAACCAAGGUUCUGGCAGUAAGUAGGCGUGGCCUUAUCCACCAUUAUGAAGUAUGUGUGAGUUUCAAAAGUUGAUGUGCCACUCGUGCGGAGAAGUGACAAAAAACGUUGGCAGAUUAUAAAUUGAAAAGAAAAUGAGAAAAAUAGAACCAAAUAUAAAAGCCAUGGAAACUAAUGUGGCGAAUAUGGAGAGUAUGUGGCGACGAGUAUUGCGAAUAUGGAGACAAGGGUAGCGAAUAUCGGAAGGAAUAUUUCGACGGAUGUAGCAAGUGUGAAGACGAAUGUGAAUAACCACCUUAUUAGUAUAAUCUGAUUUGUCCACGACAACAUGUUGUCAUGGACAAAUCAGAUUACACUAAACAAGAUGACUAUAGCGAGUGCUUACGUCACGCAAUUUUCAAUCCAUCAAAACAUUACAGUAGGUACGCGCAAUGCAAUGUGGGAUGCAUGUGGGUCAAAUAUUCAUUGUCUGAAAGUGACGGUAAGGACUUCUAAGGUCAAUUACUUGUCAAUAUGGAGGCCAUGAAGGAAGAAAACUCGAGUCUCGAGAUAAAUAAGAAAUAUAGCCAGUGGUUUGAAGGAGAAGAAAAUAUUGAUGCUGGAGGUUGGGAACUCUUUAGGGAUCUCUAAAUUAAUUGGCCUCAAAGAACAGGAAUGGUCACCAUUGCAAUCCAUGCUACCGGACCGUUUUGGAGUGACAUCAAAUGUUUACAACAAUAGACACCUUAAGAUUGACGUAUUUUUCGCAAACGUCUAACCGUUAACGGCUAGAAAGCACGUGACCAGGAGCUUGCCGUCACGUUUGCCGUAAAUCGCUCACGUUUUAAACCUCAAGAGUGCAUUCUACAGUGCAUUUUACCUCAGCAUUUUAUUCAACUGUUAUUACUUCAUUGCACGUAUAUGACAUAUAUUAAGACAAAUAUACAUCUUAUCUUUGAUUUGGAUGGAUAAAAGUUGUUUAUAACAGGAAAUUUUUCAUAUUCUGAGUGCUUUUAACCGAACCAUGUAUAAAUUCGAUAUAUAGACAACAUAGCGCCCAAUCGACUCUCUAAUUUAUUUGGGUUAAACAAACAUGAAAAUUUCGAUUGUCAGUUCAAUAUUUUGUGACCGAUUUUGGUAUUAUAGAUUUCUUAAAUUGAGAUUUGUUUAUUUUAAGUCGUGUUUUGAAUCGUUUUAAUUAAUAAACGUUACAUUUGAACAUUCCCGAUAAAGCAAGUUCAAAAUCAUUGAUGACCUUUUCACAGUCCGUGUUUAAGUUAUUUGCAUAUUUCUUACUUACAUUUAUACUUUCAUAUUUUAAUUCAUUUUAACAGAUUGGUAGUGACAUUUGUUUUUUUGACAGGAUGGCACAAUUCAAAUGGAUCCUAUAGUUUCGACGGAAAAAAAUUGAACGCGAAGAAAAACGUCAAUCUUAAUUUCAUAUUUACGGCAAACGUGAAACCGCUAACGGCAAACCGAGGUUCGCGGUUAGGCGUAAAUAAAAUAAACGUCAAUCUUAAGGUGUCUAAUAAUGUGAAAAUUGCUGGAGGUUUGUUAUGAUUCUGCAUGCCUUGUUGAUGAAAUGUCAAGAAUGAGUGUUGGCCCACAAACCGAUAUCCUCAACGCACUGGAUUGGCUGUCCACAAUGAUAUGUUAUAUAACGAUCAGUUAAUAGUUACUCUUUAUGAAGCCCAACUUGUGCCUUCCUAUAGUCUUCACAGUAUAAGGUGGAACAAGUUGAACUUCAUGACAGUACGGAAAUGUUUGAUGACAAUCAUUGGUUAUAAUUCAACUGGCAUGUACCAAGACAACUUCAGCAGUCGUAUACUGAACGAUAGAAGAAUGACUGUAAAUAGUUGACACCAUUGCUGUAUGAAGUAGGUGAUCAGAUAUGGCAACUAAACCAUCCAAAUAAACCAUCAUGACGUUUUCAGUUUCUCGAUAUAGAUAUCUUUAUUAAUCUUAAUAUAAUAGAUAUUAACCGACUUUAUUAACCGAUAUACAAUUGAUGUUAACCUUUUUUGAAAUAUGGGAAUUAAUUGGUGACGUCAUUUUCCCACUGGAGAUUUACCUAUUUGUUAAUGUCCUUUGGAAAUAAUAGGCAUAAUUAUUAACUAUUAGGAUUUCAAACACUCUAAUUCUUCUCCAUAUUUUCUAAAUAAAUUUUAAAGGCAUUUAAAUUAUAAACCUGUGAUGGAAUUAAUAUUUCCCAUAGGUGCAUGCAAUGGUUUGGAUGAUAAAUGAGUGAAGUUGAUUCGUAUAUCAAUGAGUGGCUUGAUUCCUGAGUAAUCAUUACUACAGCCAUCCGGUUCAUUUUGUUUUUGCCCUGAGGUAUUGUGCAAGGAUAUCUGGAGCUGGGCAACCAAUCAAAUUGCGUAAAAAGCACUAUCCACCUCCCGAGUAUAUGCUAAAUUUAUAUGCUAUAAUUUAUUUCUAUUAAUUUAUGUUUAAUUACACACAAAAGCAUUGACAACUCUCCCAUUUUUAUGAGUAACCAAUACAAAUAGGCAAUUAUAAAUUUGUUACUGUCACCUGUACUGUGACUUUAACCCUUAAUCGCACUGUUCCAUGAUAGUACAAUGAAGUGAACGUUAAGAAUUGGUUAAUAAUUAGUUUUCUCCGCAGGUCCACGUGAUGGAUUGGCAGCCAUGCCUAGUAAAGAAACUGAAUUUAGACAAUCAUUUACUAAGUCUUUGAAUUAUGCACUCGCAUUAAAAUGUAGAAAGUAAGUUUAUAUUGUUCUAAGUUUGUAAAGAUCACUUUGUGGAAUCGGAUUUUGUCUUUAGUUUAAAAUAGUGGUUACCUUGCAUGCAUGCAUCCGUCAGGAAGAGAAAUGAAAUCGCCGACAAGAUUGCUUGUACCACCCUCUUAGCCUGGUUCACACAUGUCCCCCCUUACACACUUUAAGUAAAACUAGAAACGCUCAGACGUAUAUGCUUUAAUGGAACAUGAAAUAUUCAUGUUUUUGGAUAAAUGAAGUUAAGACUAAAGGUCUUCGCUCGAAACGCAGAAGGUUUCUAUAUUGUACAUCACUGCCUACACUGGAACCUCACAUUUGGUUAAACAUCUCAUCUUUAUGAUAGUCAGAUUUUCACACCUUCAUUUCUUUGCAUAACUUUUAGAAUUCAUGUUUGUUCCGGAGUUAUGACUUCAGUUGAUGGUCAGGAGGUACCUUACUCAAGUUAUGAAGAAACGUAUAUAAAGAAUUUACGAUACUGCUCUGAAGAAGUGAGAAAAGUGAGUAAGAAUAAAAUAUGCAGUAGAAGUAGCUACACGUAGGAAGAAUGUCCACUUUAAUCGUCAUAACAGCUAGUGUUCACUAAACAAAUAUAGAGUUCGCUGUAGACAUACACCAGGGCGCUUAUAUAGUGUAUAAGCCAUAGAUAUCUUACAUACACUAGAUAGCGCAUCUCUUUUAGUAAAAUUGAAGCCAAGAAUAUUCCAGCGGUUACCCCCAUUUGAAUAGAUGGCGGCCAUGUUGAAGUUUCCCACUCGCUAAUAAACGCUUAAAAAACAAUAACUUUCAUCAUUUGAAUAGUUUGAAAAUGUAUUUGGAAUAGGUUUAACUUAAUGUUUAAGUUCCCUGUUUAAGUGAUAGAAAACAUACGAGUCUUCUCAUUUCAUGGGAAUAUCAAUCACGGCUUCAAUUUUUGAAUUGCAGAAUAAUUAGAUGCACUAUCUAGUGUAUAUAAGAUAUCUAUGGUAUAAGCGCCCUGCUAUAGUAAUACAUCAGCUCAUCAGCAGCAAAUACGCAGGACAGGAAAAGAACUUCGUUAGUCAUAGUUAAUUAUGGUUACGCUCAUGGUUUUGUGAGCAUACUUAUAUAGUAUUUUCAACUUGUUCAGAAGUCCUGAGAUACUCAAAGGCCCGAUGAUCCGUUUGUGUAAAUACGAUACACUCAAAAUCAUACAUGACGGCACAAGCUGUCAAUAUACCAUUUACUGCACUCUUGUCUCAAUGGCCUCGUUCCCACAUUCACCUGCAUGCAUGCAUGCGCACGGCAGGCAUACGAAUGUACGUGCGCAUGUUUUGCGCACGAAUGUAUAAUUUCAAUCAACAAGCCUAUUCCUAUUGUGCGCGAAACACGAGGGUUUAAAACACGAGACCAUUGGGCCAAGAGUGCAAUACACGGUAAGGUGUAUUGGUGUUUUUGUGACUGCAUGGGAUAUUUUAUAUUGCUGGUGAUUAUUCUAAUUCUAGGUUGGACUAAAAAUUUUGAUUGAGCCAAUAUCAACAAUACCAGGAUACUUCUUAACUAAUACAACACAAGGUAAGAUAAAAUAUUGCGUUUGUCACAGUUUAUUUCACUGUUUUGAUUUCAAUAAAUUGUGUUAAUUCUUUCCAAUUCCUCAGCAAUAGAGAUUUUGAAAAAGUUAAAUUGUGACAAUGUCGAAAUGGAAUUUGUAAGUUUAUUAUUUUGUGUUUUACGUGUUUCUGUUUUGUUGUUCUUUACUUUAAUUUCAACGAAUAUUUCAUUUAUUAACUUUACUCUUUAGGAUUUCUUCCAUGCUCAAAGAACUCAUGGAAAUUUAACAAAAACACUGAAAGAGAAUUUAAAAUAUAUAGGUAUGCAAUUAGUAUCAUCAAUGAUUAACCUCAACAACAGAGACAAAGGUGAAACCGAACAUGAAAUGUUUUCCUAUAGGAUUGGGAGUGAUUCAACUACACGGCUAAAAACGCACAGGUUGUUCCAAGUUGAUAUUGACAGGCGUGAACAAUGUUGUGCGGCCAACUAUGAACAAGUUGUCAACCAUGUUGUUCCAAGUUGUUACAGUUGAACAAUGCUGUAACAUGUUGACAAUACUGUUCAUAGUGGGCCGCACAACCUUGUUCACGCCUGUUGAUAUCAACCUGGAACAAGUUGUUGAUUUUCUCAAUUUGUACGCAUGUACCUGAAAAUACAAGAAUUUAGUAAAACUUCGACGUUUCGAGCUUUCUGGUGUUAUUGUCAUUACCCUGCCUCGUCCCAGGCGCUAUAAAACGAUUUCACAUAGGAGUCACUAAAUAAAAGGUUUACAUGAAGUAGUGCGUCACAUUAUAGGCGCGCAAAGGGGAAUGGGAUAUGAGCCAUAACUCCCUGCGCUUUGUUCGUCGCGAUGCACUACUUCGUGUAAACUUUUCAUAUAGUGACUGGCAUGAAAUUUUUUUAUUAGCGCCUGGGGACGAGGCAGGUCAUUACCUUCGCUGCCACAGACCGUUCAAUGUUUUCUUAUAUACACUACAGAAGGUCCAUUUGUCAAUUUAUAUCUAUCGGCCUGUUUUGGAAUUUUCAUCAGGUUAAUGUCGUAUCCACAGGACCACUGGUUUGUUAACUACUGUUAACUAGUUAUUACUACCCUCUCGAAAUAGUUAUGGUAUUCAUAUGAUUAAUUCUUUCAUUCGUGCGUUUGGUCAUUCAGGUCAUAUUCAAGUGAGCCAAGUUCCUGACCGAGGUGAACCAAGCAGUUCUGGGGAAAUCAACUAUCAAUAUAUAUUUCAAUUAUUACAAGAUUUAGGAUAUAAUCAAUGGAUUGGAUGUGAAUACAAUCCUCAAGGUAUCGUGAGCUCUUUUUCCUUUUCCCUUUAUUAAGAGAUCGAUCCAUAUUAUGCGCGGUUCCUUGUAAACCGACCUCUUUAUCCUCUGCAACUCUCUUCCAAAAUCACUCACCUAUUCACUUCCUUUUGCUCUCUUAGCUAUAAAAUUUAUAUAAGAAAUACAAUGUGUAUAUGAGACGUGCAUUGAAUCUGUUCGACUCCCGAGCAUGCGCGCUCUCUUACGCGGCUUUUAUAUAAUGCUGCAGCAGGGCGCCCUGGCUGCAGCUAGCAAUGCUUAAGAUACUCGCAUUACUGGUUGUGUUAAAAUACUUGACCAAUAUUUAAUCAGGCGUGAUUCUGUUGAUCAUUAGGAAAAACGGAAGAUGGCCUGAAGUGGAUUGAAGAUUAUGGAUUGGAGUUUUAA